ACGCUGUCCUCUGCAUGUUGCCAAGUAACGGCAGAUAACGACAGGUAAUUUCAGUAAGUAGCAUGAACCAGCUCCGUGUACAAAUAUCUGUAUACUAGUGAUUAUAUCUGAUAGUACACGUGUCCGGAGCCAGUGAAGCUACUGGGACUUCACACAGGUUUGGAGCUCCACGUUUAAAUCCACCUGCUGGUCGAGGUGAUCACCACCUGUUGGCUAACUAGCUAACAAGCUAACUGGCUAACACACGAUCUGAGAUCCCAACGUCUGGAGCCGCAGAGACAGUUGCAUGGAUGUUGUCCCACGUGAUCGAUGGUUAUUGAUUUUACUCGCCGCGUAAACAAGGUUUGUCAACAAGCUUGUUUAAAUGUUUGAAAUACUAUCGGUGGUUUGAGCUGCGCCUUUGGUAAGUAGAUACACUGUGUGUCAAUGGAGAAGGGGGUGAGACCAGCUCAGGUUAUAGUGUCUGUGAAGAUGGAUGUGUCUCGAUCGUACAUCCUAACCUCCUGCGUGUAAGUGGAAGGGACAUGGGACAAACUUCAAAAGUCAAAGUACCCCUUCAAAUACGUUUUCUCAAACAUGGUUUCUGUCAUUUUCGGUAGUUGCUACCUCACUGAUGUAUCUCCAAGUGUUCAUGAUUCGGAUAAAGUUACGAAUUGAUGCUAUAAGAAUGGGGUGAAACAUCCUGAUUGACAACUGAGGCUGACUCAAGAUUGGUUGAGUGCAUGUAUCGGUGCAACGUGGCUUCAUCCCCUGAUUGCUCCUGAGCAGACUCUGGCUCUAAAUGAGCAAGAUGGCAGCGUUUAUAUCCAGGAUAUUUUGGCUUCAUUUCUGGAUAGUUAGUGGAAAUCAGUAAGUGUUCCAUUUUUUAUAAACAGUCUAUGACUCAGACCCACCGUCUUGUAGAAUUGACCCAUCUCUCUCUUAUCUCUGCAUCGUAUUUCCUUACAAAUCACUAAUUGUAGCUGUGUUUUCACAGAUUCAAGCAAACAUGAGCCACACGUGUGUCAGGGAUUCAUCAACCAAAGAAAAUAAGCCAUCAGACACAACAUAUAAAAGGUGUUGCUCAGUGAACAGAUUCCCUGCAGACUGCAAAUGUUUAAUCCCUUGCAAGACCGAUGGGCAGCCGAAAAUAAAACGACUGAAAACUCGCAAGGAGAGGAGCCAGAUGAAAGGUGCGGGGAAAGAGGCCUCAAAGACGAAAUCAUAUCACCAGCACUGCCAUUGCCAAACCAGUAAAGGCAGGGAACAUUUCCAUAACUUUUGUCAUGGAAUCUGUAAUUCAAGAAGAGAUGCACCAUUUUCAAAGGUCAUUACCGCCACACAGGAGCCCAGCAUCAUCACAGAGAGCCGCCUGAUAGGACACCAUGGCCUGUUCAACCACGAGGUGAAGUCUAUUGACAUUCAACGCUUGUUAAGUCAACAGGGGAGGUUGGAGACCGGUGGACAGGAAGCACAAGAAGAGAACCAUCCAUCUUUGACACCUCACAUUCCCUCUCCUUUCUCCAGUAAAGAUUUGUUAGAAGCCGGCACUGAUGAGGUUUUGCCAUUUGAGAGGAAAGAAGACGGUGCUGCAAAGACACGUGUUGUUUGCCAGGAAAAAGAGAAGCCAAUCUGUCAUGAAUCAGAUAUUACACCUGGGCAGAGACCACAGCAACAACUUGAUCUUUCAUCUGAAAGCUACAAAAGCAUCUUCUCAUCCAAGCACAGCUCCCCUGAAGUUAUUAUAAGUGAGGAGGUCACCUCCGUCAUACACGAGAAGGAGCGAGAGUUUCAGCUGACUCCCACAGUUGACAGAGACAUUGUGAAGAGGUCGUAUAAGAAGGUAAAGAAGCAAGUGAUUUCUACUCCAAGGAACCAGGAGCCUCCUGCUCAACAGACACACGCUCGUCACCUCAGCCCAAGUCAACUUCAGCUCUCCAGCUCACCUACAACCAACAGCUUCCUCACACAGCACAGAAGACGAGAUCCUGGCUGUAUAUCGAAGUGUGUCUCCGCAGUGGGAGCACGUUUGUGUGACUGUCUGCAGUUCCCACGUCUGAGGAGCAGAAACCUGCUCGCAGAGAGCAGGGAGGUGCUGCUGAAGGCGCUUCAGGAGAGGCAUGGAGCCCGGCUUCAGGAGAACCUUCUCUAUCAGCAGCGACGCCGUCACUUUGACACUGAUCCCAACAGAGUGCAGGAUCAUGACCAGGAGCCGACCAUGACAGAUACACAUGAGCUCUCGUCUACAGAUGCAUCAGCAUUUCAAGGCGCCGCGGUUGGUGAGCCAUGUUCUGACACCACAGCUUUGAGAGAAAUGAGAAGCAAGCAUUUUAACCUGAAGUCCAGUCUGAAGCCACAGCAGAGCCGGAAAUGGAAUGCUGACUCAUUGAAGAGCCCUGUGGAUGCUUCCGCCAGGCUCUCGGAUGAUAUCCUCAGACUGAGUUCCCGUCCUCAGUUCCGCAUGAACGUUGAACGUGAUUAUUUGUUCACAUCCUCUCCCACCUCAUGCUGGGGAGACAAAGCCUCAGCAUCUCAGCAAUGGGAUGUCGGUCUCAACAGGGCUAAAUGCAACGAGUCCGUCAUUUUUGAUUCCUUUGAUAACAGCAUUAGUGACCACACCAGAGCAUUAAGAGAGAAGAGCUGUGGGCCUCAGUAUAACGACACUAAACCCCUCUUUCCUUAUCAAACACAGCUGAGAGAUAGACACUCAGCAGGGCCAAUGCACUUUCCCCAAGAGCAACACCCGUUUCAACCUGACAGAUUUUCUUUCACUCCUUCCUUCUCCUCCCAAAUUCACCAUCCUAAUCUGAGCAGCAUUUUCCAGCCUUUUAACCAAUCCAGUCCCGCUUUAACUUGCCCUCCCAUCAGCUCCUACCACACAGACAUGAUCCACUACCCCCCGUCUCACGUGCUAGAAAGAGGCCCAGCACCUCGUCUUUCCUCUCUACCGAGCCCUGAGCUCUGGUCCUUCCCACCUAUGAAACUGUACUGAUGUGUCGUCAAACUCUGCCAAACUUUGCCAAGUUGUUUGUUUGACCAACUAAACAAAAUGUUUGUCUUUUUCACAGACGUUGAAAAUAUUUGUUUGUUUGUGUGGUGGCAUUUUUAGCAUAAAAAGUAAUAACAAUA